UACACACCGGAGCUCUGUGAUUGGUCAGCGGGCGGUUUCAAACCCCUCCCCCCCAACUGUCCCUGCAAGACGCCGUAGUCAGCUACUCAGCCGCUCGGCCGCAAGUUUUCGGGCAUAUUAACAAACCAAGGCUCAGGAUAGCCCGAAAACAUGAGUCAGUUGAAGGAGCGCUUCGUGACUCUGCUCCAUGAGAAGAACUUUGUCACAGAUCAGCUGGCAGCGCUGGAGGAAAAAACGGGAGUGAAGCGGGAGUAUAUCACCUUGGGUGCUCUGAGUUUUCUCGGGCUGUAUCUUCUGUUUGGAUAUGGAGCCUCACUGCUCUGCAACCUGAUUGGCUUUAUCUAUCCAGCAUAUUUCUCGAUUAAGGCCAUCGAGAGCAAUGUUAAGGAUGACGACACACAGUGGUUGACCUACUGGGUUGUUUAUGGGCUCUUCAGCAUCGUCGAGGCCUUCUCUGACAUCUUCCUCUUCUGGUUCCCCUUUUACUAUGCUGGCAAGUGUUUGUUCCUGAUAUGGUGUAUGGCUCCGGUGACGUGGAACGGUUCUGACAUCUUGUACAAGCGUGUGAUCCGGCCAUUUUUCUUGAAACACCAGGCUGCCAUGGACAAUGUCGUCAGCGAUCUGAGCGCCAAGGCUAGGAACAUAACUGAGGCUGCCACAAAGGAGGCUGUUAACCGGGCCCUCAGCCAUGAGAAGGACCAGUGAGAAACAUGGGAAGGCUUUGUGUGUGUGUGUGUGUGUGUGUGUGUGUGUGUGUGUGUGUGUGUGUGUGUGUGUGUGUGUGUGUGUGUGUGUGGGUGUGUGUGUGUGUGUGUGUGUGUGUGUGGGUAGUUGAAAGAGUGACUGAGGGAGUAUUUGUGUGUGUUUGUCGUUUUGCCUUUGGUUUGUCCUCCCCCUUCCGUGACAAAUGAUGAUGAUCGACCUCCCUAUCAUGAGGUGAACUGAAGCUUCACAGUCCUUAAAUUAAAUAUCUUGUUUGUGCAUCCACAUCGCUUUACUGUCAUUGGUACUGUUAUGACAAUCAGUGAAACUGUGACCUUUUUGUGAGAUCUUAUUUUCGUUGUUGCAGUGUGACAAAUUAAGUGGAAAGAAAUAUGUUGAUAGUAAAACUUAUGAUUGUGAACCUGCAGGUUUCUGCACCACGCGCGGUGUACUCAAUAUUACGACUGAUUGAGCCAUUUGUGACAGAAAACUGAGGCUGAUACCAAUACAGUUUUAAAAGGAGUUUGCUUUGAAAUGUGUCCAUAAGCAGCAUUUUCUAACUUUGCUAAUCAAAACUGGAACAUUUACAUGUCAUUGGUGUCUGCAUUGGUCUUACAAGCCUUAUUCUCACAUGUGCUAAGCAGAAUUUAAAGUCUGUUUGAGCUGUUGGGAAGGUUCUCAAGCUCUUUGUUUAACUGAAUGACUUCUGUCUUUUGAUAUGUCUUAAUUUAUCAUCUCUUAAUGAUGCAACAGUAAAACUGGAACCUGAUGAACUGAAAA